ACCUGGCGACCCUCUGCGAGAAGAGGCGAUUAGGACACGCUCUCGUUGCCAUUGCUCGUCGCCAUUGCUCGUCUGACUUUUGUCUCGUCUCUCCGCGAUCCUCGUUCUCCACGUGCGACUUAACCUCUCACCUAAAUUAACGUCAAUGUUAAAAUCAUUCUCGAGACUCGGUAACAUGCGGUAAUAUUCAGAAAAGAACCGAUUCAUAGACUAGUGCACGGAUAUAUACCGAUGAUCGAUGGAUCGAUCCGCACGGAAGCCGACGAGAGCGUUUGAAUCGCGAUCAUUCGGGCCGCUCCGGGUCACAUGACUUAGAGUCACAUGGCGUUUUGGAUCAUGCCGCGAGAGGGCGCCGCGUACGCGCUUCGCGAGCAAGUACGACGAUCAGCGAAGAGUUUCACAACAGUACUGGUCUUGUAAAUAUGUGAGUUAUUAUCAUCGCUCGUAGGUCGCGUGACGACUGCGGCGAGACAGUGACGAUGAUCUGAGACGAUGCAGUGGUCGUCCGGAACAUAGUGCGCGUUGCGGUCUCCGUGAAUGAUCGGCCAGUGGUGGUGCACAAUUCACGAGUGAGGCCGCGGUGACCCAAUUUACAAACGAAGCUUCUUUUUUCCCCUUCGCGAGAACGGCGACGACGACAGCGAUGAUGAUAAUGAUAAUGAUGAUAAUGACGAUGAUGACGAAUCCGCGGUUAUGACCUUUCUUCCAACAAACACUCUCGAAGUCGGUGACCUUUGUAGACGCACGAUGACAAUGUCAUUCCGGAAGUGAGUUCGUGAUUUUCCAUAUGCGAGUUUUUGCAAGUUUAUACGCGUGAAUUUCGCCAAAGUAUUCGUGAACUCUCAGCUGAAUUGAUAAAAUUAGGUUAAGUCUGCAAAUCGAGUUUUUAGACUUGCACUUACGCGAAAAGUCAAGUGUCGUCGCGUUGCGUCGCGAACGGCGAGCUCAACAGGCGGCUGGGAUCUCCCUGAAUUGGCAUUUUAUGGAAAGGAACAUAUCGUGUACGGAUGCUGCUAUCUGACGCAGCGUGUUAUGACUCGAGGACAGAAGACCUUCGGAACAAGAUGAGACAUGUUUGUUCGGUUUCGCUAGCGGGAACUUCCAAGAAGGGACACGGUUUUACAACUGUGAUAAACCGCCAGCGAUCAACGUGCGGGAUUUGCUCGUUCAUUUAUGACAGUACGUGAGAGAAACUUUACCCUCGCGCAAGAUGCCUCACGUCACGCGAAAAUGGGAGCUGUUCCCGGGAAGGAAUCGCUUCUGUUGCGACGGAAGAGUGAUGAUGGCACCGCAGACUGGAGUAUUCUAUGUCACUGUGUGUCUCAUCGCCGGAACGAGCGGAUUAUUUUUUGGUUUUGAUUGUCCAUUUUUGGCGCUACAUAUAACACCAGCAAUACCGGUGAUAGGAGGUUUAUUAUUUAUAUUUGUAAUGUCUGCUUUGUUCCGUACAAGCUUCAGUGAUCCUGGAGUAAUUCCACGAGCAACACCUGACGAAGCUGCUUACAUUGAGCAACAAAUUGAGGUACCAAACAAUGGUAACUCCAAAACAUAUAGACCUCCUCCUAGAACAAAAGAAGUCUUAGUCAGAGGACAACCAGUGAAACUAAAAUAUUGCUUUACAUGCAAAAUAUUCAGGCCACCCAGAGCCUCUCAUUGUAGUCUAUGCGACAAUUGUGUAGAGAGGUUUGAUCAUCACUGUCCAUGGGUUGGUAACUGCGUGGGCAGAAGGAAUUAUAGAUAUUUUUAUGCUUUUAUAGUAUCUCUGGCGUUUCUUUGUGUUUUCAUAUUUGCAUGUGCAGUCACACAUUUAAUUAUGCUUACGAAAGAUGAUAAGCCAUUUUUGGAAGCUCUCCGGUCGUCUCCGAGCAGCGUCAUUGUAGGAGUGAUUUGUUUCUUUUCUGUUUGGAGUAUCUUAGGCCUUGCUGGCUUUCAUACAUAUUUAACCACGAGUAAUCAAACAACUAACGAAGAUAUUAAAGGUUCAUUCUCAAGUAAAAGAGGACAGGAAAGCUUUAAUCCCUAUAGCCAAGGAAACAUUUGCGGAAAUUGUUUUUACGUAUUAUGUGGGCCAUCUCCACCUAGUUUAAUUGAUCGAAGAGGAAUAGUUACACCCGAAUAUCGUGCAGAGCAAGAAAGAGUUGGUGAUGACAAUGUGAUUACUAAUAAUAAGACAUAUGGAACUGUUAAGAUUGUGCAGCCUCAGUCGAACGGCACAACGGUUCAAACAAGUCCCAGUACGGAACUCACGGACUCGAUGAACAAUUUGGUCACCGGUCUACAUUCUCCGAGAAUAGAGUCAAUAAACGGUGAGUUAACUCUCUUAAGGCAUCCUACACAUCCCGAAGAUCUACCAAAAUAUCCGCGCCAUUACAUAAACGAUACUUAUGUGCCGCUGUAUCCGGCGCAACAUUGCUCUCAGGAUUCUGUCAAACAUAUGAAGUACACCGAGGUAGAUCGAAUAAAUCCAGAUUUUCAGAAAUAUCCGUGUAGAUGCGAGGAGGGUUUACAUAAGUAUCCUCAUAGAUGUAGAGAGGAAUAUCAUAGAUGCUCGGACAACAACCUAAUAUACGAUCAGUGCGUUGGCGAUCAGAAGUAUGGCAUUGAUCUUCAGAAGUAUCCUCAGAGGUACUCCGAGGAUCCUUUACGUUACAAGAUAAGCGAUAAGAACGGUUACACCGAUCUACAAAAGUUUCCUCAAUGUUAUUCCGAAGAUCCGUUACGGCUGACUCAGUCUCCGCAUACGCUCAAGUACAAUAACCUAAGGUGUGCCGAUCAUACCUUGAAGUAUCCGAUAUCGAAGAACAUUUUGCCGGCGCGUAUAUUGGGCACAGGCGGGAUACCGAUCAUUGGGCAGACCGCGAUAGGUCUCGUAGUCAACAGGUUCGGUUCUGGACCACUGACUAAUAAUUUGUCGUACGCGGAGAAUUCAUUGUGCCCGAGCGACAGUACGGAGGAGGAUCUCUUGAAUCGACGUUUCAUUAUGAGUUCAUUGAGCGACAAUGAGGAUAUUUAACGUCUAUUAUAAACCAGCCAUGUAUUUCUCGAAUAUAUUCAACUUGGUAAAGUAAUAAUAUGGAGGAAAAGUUGAGAAGAUAGGUACAUAAUUAAUAUAUUUACCACAGAAAAAAAUCAUGAACUCAUAAUGUUAGAAAGCUUUAAUAUAAUUAGAUCAUUAUUCGUCCUUUUCUUAAAAUUUCAUGCUAAAUGAUAUAAGAUCAAGAAAUAUAAGAUCAUUUGUACAUAAACAGUUAUACGAUUGUUCUUGAUUCCACAAAUCGAGAAUUAAA